AAUUCACUUAAAGCUUUUGGUCAUUCAAAAGGCAACGAGAUAGCAUGCACAGGGAACGCACUUUAAAUGGCGGGUGGUGUGCGAGGCAAUGAAUCGUGGUUCGUCUGUUCAUGCGCACAGAUAUUUAUUCAAACUUCGUUUUUGUUGAAGCGUCUUCUGUAAACUCUUUCCCAUACCCCCACUGAACCGAGUUCCUAUAAUGGCAGAGCCUAAGCAAACGAAGAAGAAGAAGACGACGACGACGACAGAUCACAUCGUGAUGCUUCCUUUCAUGGCGCAUGGCCACCUCAUUCCCUUCCUCUCACUCGCAAAUCUCAUCCAUGAAAGAUCCAACCACACCGUCGUCGUCACAAUCGCCUCCACUCCACACAACAUCCAGUUCCUUAAAUCCACCAUUUCCGAAGAUGCCGUCGUCAACACCGAUGAUGAGAGCGAUCGGCGAUAUCGCAAAUUACGUUUCGCCGAGCUCGCGUUCAGUUCCGUCGACCAAAGCCUGCCGCCGGAUGUGGAGAACACAGAGAAGUUGCCUCCGUCGGAGAUCCCCAAACUUACUGUCGCAUCUCCGAGCCUUGAAGGUCCUCUUCGACGUCUGAUCUCUGAGAUCAGAGAAGAAGGAGACGAAGUUUUGUGUAUCGUAUCGGAUGUGUUCUUCGGGUGGGUCACUGAAGUUGCAAAGAGCGUAGGCACGAGAAACGUGACGUUCAGUACGGCUGGUGCGUAUGGGAUUCUGGCUUAUAUCUCUGUAUGGUGCAAUCUUCCUCACAAGAAAACUGACUCUGAAGAUUUCUGGGUUCCAGGGUUCCCAGAGAACUACAGAUUCCAUUGCUCUCAACUUCAUAAAUUCAUAAGAGAAGCUAAUGAAAGCGACGCAUGGUCUUCAUUCUUCCGUUCUCAGAUUUCACUCUCUGUAAAUUCUGAUGGUUGGAUCUGCAACACCAUUGAAGAAAUAGAGCCUUUAGGGCUUCAACUUCUGAGAAACUACAUUCAUCGUCAUCCUGUUUGGCCCAUAGGUCCUAUCUUCCCUCUUAAUAAUGAUUAUUCCAAUGCAAAGAAAUCAAGCAUAACCCUAGAAAGAUGCAUUGAGUGGCUAGACUCAAAAGAUCUAAAUUCCGUUCUGUACAUUUCCUUUGGAUCUCAGAACUCAAUCAGUGAAUCCCAGAUGAUGGCACUAGCAAUGGGGAUAGAAGAAAGUGAAAAAAAUUUCAUAUGGGUCAUACGACCACCUCUAGGGUUCGCCACUGUUGAUGAUGACGAACAACAAGCUUUCAGAUUAUCAGAAUCAUGGUUUUUGCCACAAGGGUUUGAAGAGCGAACUAGAAAAAAGGGUUUGCUAAUACGAAAUUGGGCUCCACAAUUGGAGAUUCUAUCACACAGAUCAAUAUGUGCAUUUCUGAGCCAUUGUGGAUGGAACUCUGUGCUUGAAAGCUUGAGCCAUGGAGUGCCAAUUAUUGGGUGGCCAAUUGCAGCGGAGCAGAGUUAUAACUCGAAGAUGUUAAUGGAGGAGAUGGGUGUGAGUGUAGAGAUUACGAGAACUGUGGAAACUACGGUUUCAGGGAAGGAGGUGAAGAAGGUGAUAGAGAUGGUUACGGAGCAAGAAGAAGGGAAAGGGAAGGAGAUGAAGAAGAGAGCUAUGGAAAUUGCAGAAGUAAUGAGGAAAGCUAAGGAAGAAAAUGGUGAAAAAAAGGAUCCUCAGUGAGAGCUAUGGAUGACUUUGUCAAAACCGUUUUAUCAUGGAAGUCAAAUGCGCUGUAAACUUAAGAAUGUUUGGGAGUUUAGAAUGGCAUAUGCAUGUACAGUAAAAUAAAAUGGACAGUGUGAGACAGAAUGGAAUGGAAUGAAAGAUCCUAGGGUAUGAGAGUUUUAUUAAGAAGAUGAAGCAAGAUAAAGCUUGAAUAAACUAGAAUAAUUAUCUUAAA